UCCGAUCCAGGCAGUCUCCCCCAAAUCCUCCUCCUUCUACACGCGAUUUCUAGGGUUAGUGAUUGCAGCGGCAAUAGGGGCGGCGGCCGUGAGGACGAGACCCACGACGAGGAGGGUGGCGCGCACAGAGGCAACGGCAUGGGAGGCGGCCUCGGGUUCGUGAAGUGCGCUGGUAGGGGAGGCCAUGGGUACUCGAAGUAGUGGGUCUUCUUCAAGUGCCCAGAGGAGAAGGUCCGACCUUCCCCUGAUAAAGUGCCCUUGCUGCUGCGUGAAGAACAUCGUGGAGCUCACUGCAACGACAGAUGCUAAUCGCGGGCGCAUUUUUUUCACAUGUCCUGACCACGAGAAGGAUGGUUCUGGAUGCAAUUUCUGGUACAGGAAAGAAGGGUAUGUGAAGUAUCUUGAGAGGAAAGGCUACAUUGCUGACAAGGAGCUAAGAGAUGUGAAGCACAUGUCAGAGAGGAAGAAGGCUGUGAACAAUGAAGAUGGUGGGGAAGAUGAAGUGAAGAAGCUAAUGUUAUCUCUAGUUUCCAUUGGGUUGGAGAUAGUUCAGAUCUUGAAGGGCAUGCUAGUUGGUUUUAUUUUACUUGUUGUUGCUUUAGUGUGUUUGGUGCUUGCUGUAUGGCUGAAAUAAGAUGAUGAUUAUGGGUGGAUUAUGUAGUAGUUGUCAGUUGAGGAUUAUGCAGUUUUAACAUGUAAUGGCAAUGGCCAUAAUUCACUCUAGAAUCAAUGGCCAUAAGUGUAUGCAGUUUAUAUA